UACCUUGAAGUUUGAUUUUAAUUUAUUUCAAUUACAUGUAUUUGUUUAUUUGCUUAUAGCCUGCCUUCUUUCACACAUGAUUUGAGGCAGCCAAGCUUUAGCUUGUUCAAGACUUUAGGUGGUGUUCAAACCAAUGAAGACUGCAUUCCUUAAAUCUUCAAAGGGAAAAUAAGAAGUUGCCGAGUUAUGUUGCAAAAACAGAAGUAUCAUCUUUUCCACAUUACACAAAAAGUUAUUAACAAGAGUGAUUCAGAUAUUUCCUGCAAAAUCUGCUGUGAGCAAAUUCAUUACAGACCCACGUAGAUUGAACGGCUUACCCACGUCUUACAGCUAAAUAUAUUAGAAGGAAGAAGAAAUAGAACCAGAAUUUUGCUCCAGUGCUAUCUGACUACACUGAAGGAGGGAGAAUCUCUAGUUGGAGUCUCCACCAACAUGACCCUUGGAUAUCUUGAAUUUUUACUUUGCCACAGAGAAAGUGACUGACUGCUUCUUGAAGCCUGCUGGGUAAAAGAAAAGUCUCAGUUAUUGAUGGUCACUGGAAUGAUGAAUCUCACUCAAUUUAGUGUUUUUACAAAUCGAGACCAUAUGAAAGAUCUCCGAAGGUACCUGACAUUCAAAUAUGUCCAGUAUCUAGUCCUACCUUCUCCAAACAUCAUCGUCACUCUGCUGGGAUUGUUUGCCAGUGUGUAUGUCACACUGAUAUUAACAUUACCUUUUGUAUCCAGAAAAUCUACUGCAGUAUUUAUUAGUAACAUAGCUCAGGCAGACAUCUUAGUGGGUUGUAGCAUCUUUUCUGCCAUGAUUCAAGAUGUGAUAAAGAGUGAAAUAUUAUCAUAUUCUGUUCAAUCAACCUUGAGGCAGAAUUUACAGAUUGCAAAUGUACAUAUCAGUUCUCUUUUACUCAGCUGUGUUAGCCUUGAAGCCUUUCUGAUCACUUUUCUUCCAGUAGAGACACGCCACAUAAGAACAGUGAGAUGUGCCAAGGUGGCUUCUAAGAUCAUCUGGAUUGCCAUAAUUAUUGAGUGCUUCCUUUAUCAAAUGGAGUGCUUCAAACACCUUAGCAUCUCUUAUUUUGACACACACAGGCACGUUUUGCUGUUGCUAAAUUACUGUUAUGGAGCCACAAAACUGCUGAAAUCAGUUGUUUAUCCAAUUGGACUACUUUUAAGGAUCUUCAAUGUGUACCUCUUUUAUAAAAUGUAUUUCCGUGUUUUACCUUAACAAUACCUGUGAUGGUUAAUUAUGUCUCAACUUGGCUAGGUAUAGUGCCCAUUUUUUUUUUGUUCAAACAUUAAUCAAGAUGUUCUUGAGAAGAUAUUGUGUAAAUGUGAUUAACAUUUAUGGUUUUAAUAAAGGAGAGUAUCUAAAA